AUGAGGCUGGUCGCCAUCUUUACUCCAUCCCAGCACAUCGCUGCCAUCGCUGCCGGUGGGGCGGAACACCACUCAUCGACCCAGUUGAUUUCUAGGAACCGCCGAUAGACCUUCACUAAAGAUUUGUCACUUUGAUUAGUUCGUCACUCUACCUGCAUCUCAACACACAAUGGGAGAGCGAGAGGACCUAGUUUAUCAGGCAAAGCUCGCCGAGCAAGCAGAGAGAUAUGACGAGAUGGUGGUGUCUAUGAAGAACGUGGCAGGCAUGGAUGUGGAGCUCACAGUGGAGGAGAGGAACCUACUAUCAGUGGCCUACAAGAACGUGAUUGGAGCUCGGAGAGCCUCCUGGAGGAUAAUUAGCAGUAUCGAACAGAGGGAAGAGAACAAGGGCGGAGAAGAGAAACUGAAGAUGAUCCGGGAAUACAGGCAAACGGUUGAGAAGGAGCUGAAGUCAAUCUGUGGUGACAUUCUGGAUGCACUGGAAAGGCACCUACUCCCCUCUGCUGUCAUGGGAGAGUCUAAGGUCUUCUACAACAAAAUGAAGGGUGACUACCACAGGUACCUGGCAGAAUUUGCCACUGGCAACAACAGAAAGGAGGCAGCAGAGAACAGCCUGGUGGCCUACAAAACUGCUACCGAUCUAGCCAUGUUGGAGCUGCCACCCACACACCCCAUCCGCCUCGGCCUUGCCCUCAACUUCUCCGUCUUCUACUAUGAGAUCCUAAACUCUCCUGUGUGUUUGCUCAGGUUGGCAAAGGCUGCGUUCGAUGACGCCAUCGCAGAACUGGACACACUGAAUGAAGACAGCUACAAGGACUCUACGCUUAUCAUGCAGUUGUUACGUGACAACCUCACACUAUGGACUUCAGAUAUGCAGGGAGAGGGUGAAGAACAAAACAAAGAGGCACUGCAAGACGUUGAGGAUGAGCCCCAGUGAGACUAUGCCACCAACAGCCACCAACCUGAGACCCUCCCUUCACCUCCUCACACUCCUCGUCCAUCCACCUGCGGCCUCCUCCAUCCUCCCCCCCCCCCCACCCCCUUUCCCCUCCCCUCCAACUCUUCUUUCCUUUCUGUGAGUCAACUUCCUCUCCCCUCCUUUUUCCUUUCUUCCACCUCUGCAGCUCCAUGACCCAGCAGGGCCACGGAGUUAACAAUUUUAUUUUUCUCUUUUUUAUUUUUAUAUUAGUCCUUACAUCAUUCAAGUAAAUAGCACUUAAUUGAGACAGGAAAUACAAUGUUAGAAAGACAAAUGUAAAGAGAGUCCCUGGGCUAUUUUGUUCCUUUUUUUUUUUUUUUUUUCCUCUCUGGUACAAGCGGUUCUGAAAAAGUUCUUUGUUUUCAUUAUUGUAUUUUCGUUUGUUUUUGCUUUUUCCUCAAUAUUUUUAUCAGUUGCUGGAUGUAUUGAGAAUUUUUUUUCUUAAUGUAAUUACAGAAAUUAACUUUUAUUACUGAUAAUGUCGACUAUUAGUUAUGGGAGCUAUUUUAUCUCUGUUUUUAGUGAAAAUGUCAUGCGAAUCGUUUUACCUUUUUGUGGGCAAUUUAGAAAACUACAAGUGCCCUUUUUGUUGACUUAGGUUUUCAGAGGAAGUUGGCAAAAUUUGCGAUAUCCACGUGGGGCAAAAAAGUGCUUAACUUUUACACCAUAGUGAUUCUGUUGUCAUGUUUUUGUAGUUGUCCUUGGACUGUACUUUGUGCUAAAAUACUGUAACUGUGCACACAUGCUGAAUCGCUGAAGGUUGACUUGUCGCUAGCUGGUGGUUAUAAUUUAAAAAAUAAAAUACUUGGGAGAUUUCACACGUGUGUAAAAGACAAGUCUCAAUUUGGCCCCGCUCCUCGACAGAGAGCCCUAAAAUGGAAAGGAUUGUCGGUGCUUGCAUGAGUUAACACAUACUCUUUUCUGCUGCUUCUCCCCUACUUUUUACUAAAGCUCCUCUGGGUUCAGAGGUUUUCUUUCUUUGCUGUUUCCUUUGUUUCUCUUCUUGUUUUGCUUCAUUAUGUGUAACUUGGAGCUGAUUUGUACUACUGGAUAUCUGACUGGAGCCACAGACAGGGAAUCUGUAUUGUUCUUACUGAAACACAGCAUGGAAUUAACAUUAAACAAUCUAAAUUAAACAUUA